AUUUAAUGUUUGACAAUCAGCAGAGAAGCCUAGAGGCUUCAGGCUUGUCUGACAAGCCUCAUAGCCAAAGCCUUGCUUGUGAACCAAGCAAUGCUUUUGUGAGUGAUUAUAUUAAGAGCACGCUUAAAGCCAAUAAUGACCAACAACUAGAUUUUAGCAAUAAAGUCUCUCUAAAAUCAUCUAUCAUGCUCAGAAACAUCAACUCCCAAGCUAAACACCAAGACAUUGACUACCUCAAAGCCAAACAAAACCAACUUCUUCAGCUCAAACAAGAUGUUGACCAGAGUCUCAAGAUCCUUCUAAAAGAAGAACAAGACAUUCAGAAACGGCUCGAGAAAACAGCCAGUGAAGUCUCAAACACUCGUCGAGCAGCUUCUCCAGCUGCAUGCAUCAAACCCUGUCCAUCGCGCAAAUAAUGUUCAGCCAAGAGUGUUCCUGCACUUGCCAGAACAAUCUAGGCCUCGUCAGUUGUCGAAAUCUCCAAAGCCACAGCUCCAGACUCUAGCGUCUCUGAACCCAAGCGAGAGACAGUCCAAAUACUUGUUGAGUUCGUGCAAAGCCAGUCCUUGUUUCACAGCCAAGUUCAAGAAGACGCUGGUUCGAGGUACAGGAGCCAGGUCUACUCUGUCAGUCAGUUCGACGAGAGGGUUGUGUCGCAAAGAGUACACCAAGCUUCAAAUCAUCAAGAGAGCCAGAGGGCUCACUGAACUCGGACUUGGAAAUUUAGGGUUUGUGGAUGAUCUCAGCAGAGGCGUUGAGCCUCGGUUUGCACUCAAAGCCAUGAAGGCUCUGGUCGACUUACUCAAGAUUUCGUGAACGCCUCAUGACAAACUCAGUCAGCAAUUACAUGCUCUAUGCGACUGGAACCAAAUCACUUCGUUCAUCGACAACAACAAACAGUCUGUGUUCGCACUCAUCGGAGACGUUGCUGACUUGGUUGAUAAGCCAAACUUCGAAAAACAAGAACUCUGGAAGUCUAGAACAAGGUACUUUGGCGAAGUCCCAACUGAGUCAGUGCUGUUCAAGUACUGCAUAUCAUCCAAAUGAAUGAAGGGUGUGUUGACAUUCUUGUUCAGCGUGUACAACCAUUUCAAAGACUUGAGAAGACUCCACAAGAAGUUCCACCACUCUCCUGACUCACAGACUGACAGAAGCAGCAUCAACUCACGGAACUCUGCAAAGAGAGCCAACCUCAUCAACAAGAACAUCACUAGACGAGUUCAGAAUUCGAUGAGAAGCCCUAGCCAGAGGCUUGGCCCCAAGAACUCGGAUGACCGUGCAAACCACAAGACUCGCAGCAAGGCUCACAACUUCACUCCAAGCAAAGCUUUCGAAACUAGGUCGUCAAAUACCAAGUUCAACAGCAAGUCUUCGAACAAGCUACUGAACAAGAAGUUGAAGCAGCCUGCAGAAAAUUCUUCGAAAUCGCCAGUAAGGCCUUGCCAGAACUUCAACUUUACUCCCAAGAACAGACCCAGAAUCAAGCCCACAAUGACAAAGCACGAGCCAAGACUCGCUAACUGGUCUCACUGCAAGAAUGAGUACAAGAACAAGUCGAAGUAUAAUGUCCACAAGCCAAUUUCAAAGAACACCAAACUCAGAGAGCACCUGAGGUCAGCGAAGAAGAAAGCCAAACUUCACAGAGAAGCUCAGCAGCAAGUCAACAAAUUUCGCCAGCUUGGGAACAGCCAGAAUGGCCAAGAUAGAGCUUCAAUCACUCACAAGUCUCAUUUCAUUCGCAAAGCCAAGUUAUGAGAAUCCACUGAUCAAGAUAACACCGAGUCACGCAACACUCAUCAUGGUUUCAAAACAGACUCAGCUGUUUGCCCAACUUACUCUGAACUAGCCACAGAGGCUUUACUCAAAGGGAGACGAAAGAAUGAAGAUGAUCUUGCAAGGAUUGAACAAGAUGGGCCUCAUAGACGCUCUCCCACUCCCGAAUUGACUGAUGACGAUCAACAUUUUCAGAGAUUAAUGUCGAAUCAAGAACUGUCAGCUGGCCAAACAUGCAGCAAUAGCAAUCAGCCGCAAGAGUCCAAAGUAGCCAAUGGAGUCGACUUCGUCAACCAAACACAAAUCUUCGAUGACAGUGAAAACUGGAAUCAAGACGAAAGCAAUGUUAUCGAAGAUGAUAUUGGAUCCAGAAGCACAUUCCUAAACUUAGAAAUGGGCAGAAACAAGUUCUUUGACCGUUCUGAUGCUGGUAGAAGCUAUGAUGUUGGCAAAGGAUAUUUUCUAUCAUUCGAUGGCAAAGAUGUUCAAGCAGAAACCGGAAAGUCUCAACGUGGUGAUCAGUUAGUACAAAGAAGGCCGUCCGGACUUGUGACAAAGUACUUAGCGUCAGCUAAAGACUACAAAGCUGCUCAAACCAAUAAUGGUAGAGACAUCGAAACUGUUAACUACUUAAGCAUUUCUUCGAAGAAUACUUCUGCACAUGGUGACAAUGAUACCGAUCAGCACUGGCUAGCUACUGUUGAGACUUCAGCCAUGCCUGACACUGGCUCAAGAAACGAUGAUAUUGUUACAUCAAGAAAGAACACCAAGAAUGAUGUGGCAGGGAAGCUGACUCAGUACGAAGAUUACAGUAGCAUUUUAUCGUGAUCUACCAAGAAGCCAGAUGCUUCGCUUGUAGUUGGAUACACUAAAGUAAAUACCAAAUUAGCAAAGUUCACCAAGCAAUCAAGCUCUUCACAUAAGCACGCCAAGAGUAUCCGCCAGCGAUACAUGUCUAAGACUCUGCCAGCUCAACAAAAAGCAACUUAAUCAUUCACAAUUUUAUUCAAUUCC